AUGGAACCCCACUGUACCGGAAAAUACGAAGGCCUUCUGUCUGCUGUGGCGCGCAAUUUAACGCAGGGUUGCUACGCGGGUUUGCAAGGACCUCUGAUCAAAGCGAGAACUAAUCCUGGCUCGUGCAAUACGACCCCGCACAUCUCACAUUAUUGUUUUAGUGUACUCUACUACAGAGUUGAGGUUCUGGAGGCUCUGAGCAGAACCUGUUCAAAUCCCCGCCUCAUAAAAUCAAGGCAACGCCAGGCACGGCAGAACCAGUUCAUUGAUCAAGCUGAGAUAACGUUACCGGUUAUCAUAGCCCCGGAGGCGCAAACUAGCACUUUUUCUCGUAAGCUCAGCAGUCAAGAAGGGUCAGUUUACUCCAGCCUGUGGCAUAUUGGUUAUAGUUCACAACUCUUCCGUCUAGCUUUUAAAGCCGAUUAUUUCGUACAGCAGUGUUCAUAUUAUCCUGUAUUUUCGUUAACCCUGAUGGCGAGAGCUGUGACCCUAUUCCUACGGCUUGCGCCUAUCGGACUCCUCGGCAAGCAAUGCGUCUUUAAAUACGUAGCAAGACCGGCGGGUUUCAGCCAUACCGAGAGCCACGAUUUGACAGGAGAUGUUCUAGGAGAACUUGAGACAAUUCAUUGCUUGUAUAGAAAUCAGAACCAUUCGUUUGACAGCGACCCAGGUGAGAGUGAAAGCCACGUGAUAUGCUCUCUCCCCACGCCCAGCCUGAUAUCUCACCACAACAAUGCACCUAAAUUCGUAAACCCACCCACACAACGCUCGAUUAUGGCCAGGAAAGCGCACCGCAAGGAUCCUUCGCCGACAGGGCUUCUCAACCUGCCAAACGAAAUUCUCCUCGACAUUGUUUCCCUCCUUUGCAUUUCAGAUGUCAGACGCCUUGGUAGGGUUAACUACAAACUUCACUUCUUUACUAGGGACUACCUGGUUCGGUAUCGGUACAAUGUCGGGCUUGUCGCCCUGCCGAAUGAACUCCUUCUCGAAAUCGUGCAGCACCUAGGACGUCAGAAAGAUCGUAGUCGUCUCGCACAAGCAAGCCAGAGGUUUUACCCACUUAUCAUGGGCUAUAUAUUUCGCUACAAUGUGCGAUACGGCGGAAGCAGUUUGCUGAAUUAUGCAGCCAAGAGGAACCUUAACAGAAUGGCUCGAAUGAUACUACAUCUCGGGGGAGAUGUAAAUACUCAAUGUGGGCUCCGACUAGGGGUAAUGAACGAGCGGUCAACCCCACUCGCGACCGCAGCUUUCUAUGGGCAUGAAAAGAUGGUCAAGAUGCUUCUGGAAUCUGGGGCUAGUCAUUUCGUUGACGGAAUGAGGAUUCCGCUCGCGGUAGCCAUAUUCAAACGACAUGAGAAUGUGGCUUUGAUACUUUCUCAAGAGGUAGAUUCCGGUGAUGUGCCCCUUGGAAAGACAAGAGGCACAGUGUUGCAGAUCGCGUGCGGGGCGAAACUCGUAAAUUUAGUCCAAUACUAUCUGGAACGCGGAUCGCAAUCCGGAGUGCGUGUAAACGUCCAUAGUUUGCAUAACCGCAGCACCGCCUUAUAUCAUGUUCUCCGAGAGGAUUCUAGGAAGGAUAUUUUCAUUAAGAGGGAGCUGCAUGAAGAUGUUUACCAGAUCGUAUUAAUGCUCCUGCAGCACGGCGCCAAUCCUGAUAUUCGACCUGAGAUUCCUUUUUCACACCCUGUCACUGCAAGGGCUAUUGCCUCUAGGCAUCCAGAUCCACGGGUGAGGAACCUGCUUUUAAAAGCAACGCCUGUAACAGCAUCUCAAGAGGACCCCCUCCUGAUUGGACGGCCUUGGAUCUCGUUCGAAGAUGAGGCUCUCACAUUCCAUAAGCUCCAGUCGGAAGCAUCACCCUCUGGUGACAGCCGCUAUGCUAAACUGUGGGAUUUUCUUGAAAGUUCAAACUCAGAAACACUGGCUUUGAUGGAUGAGGAUGGAACUGAAUAUAGAGGAACAAAUUUUGAAGAUUGCACAUUGAACUCUUCGGAUAUUGCGGACUUGGUGGAGGGCGGAAUGCAGGGGCUGAAAAAAAAGUCGGAACCUACCGAGCCUCCUCCCUUAUCGUCAUUCCCGCAACUUGGUAUUCCAAAAGCAAGUGCGCAGCACGCUGCUAAGACUUUUUGGGCUAAAAUACCGGCCCAGGCUUCCUCGGGCGUUAAUUCGGUUCAAAAGCCCAGCAUUAGUGGCAUGGGUGCCAUUUUACAGAAGGUGAAGCAGUUGGAGAGGCUGGCAGAAACAGAGCCGUUUCCACAACUGGGGCGACCAACCUCAACUUCAAAUGAUACUAGCAAGGAUCUAUGGGCCCGUUUCCAACAAGGUAAGGUUUCUCAAAGUACGAGCGAAACUCAGCGAACAUCUCCACUCGAGGAAGGAAAUGGUAUAAGACGGUCUGUCAAUAAGCCAUCGAAGAAGAAGAAGAAGAAAUGGGAGCCACUAUUAAUUACCUUGAUAUUGGAGCAGUGCCUGGUGCCGAUAUUCCUCCAUUGUAGGGCGAGGUCAAAGGUCUUCGAAGCCUUGAGUUUUUGUUUCAGCGCACACUUGCCAAUAAACAGAGGUUCCCUCAACAGUUAUGCAAAAAACCAACUUUACAGCCCAUCUCCACAAGCCCAGUAUCCACACCGAAAUCUCAAUUCGAAGAAGGAAGAUUCCAAAUAUGUUGAAACAUUAGGACAAAUUUCGGAUUUCCUUUCUUUUUCAUCUUUCCACUUUCCACCGAGAAAUAAUUACACAUGCCCCUCGUCGCUAUUUGGAACAGGGCUCGAUUUUGUGGCCUGGCUGCGGGUAUAUGGAUUUGCUAUUGCUCUUUCUGCGAUUCCAGCCAGUGUCCUGCAGUUGGAGGGACGGAAUGUCGAGAAAAGCAUCGCUCUAACGAUUGGUGGAUAUAUGACUGUUCUCUGA